AUGACGUCAUGGUCGUUGUUUCGAAUGUCGGGAGCUGGCGUCGGGUAGGAGGCCGCGCGCUCUGCUGGGGACACAACUUGUACAAAUCUGAAGCCCAAGGUCGUCGACAGCCGCCGGUACCUUGCAUUUCAGGAAUAUCCUCUCCCAUCCCCCUUACCCCCUCUGUCAGAGUAUGGCUCAGGAGACCAAUCAGACGCAGGUGCCAAUGCUUUGCACUAUGGGAUGCGGUUUCUAUGGUAACCCCCGCACCAACGGCAUGUGCUCGGUCUGCUACAAGGAACACCUGCAGAGGCAACAGGGAGGGGGGCGAUCCAGCCCCCCAGGAGAGAAAGCUGCUACAUCACCGGCAGGAUCACCAGGAUCAGCUGGUGUUACUGUGGAGACGACGACCUCAGAGCCCAGCACAGAGGUGGCAGGAACCCCACCUGAGGAACAAACAACCAGUCCCAGCUCUCCCAGCCCAGUAACUCAACAGAUGACAGCUAUGAGCAUCUCCCAGGAUUCGGGAGCUGUAGACUCUGAUCGAGCAGAGGCAGAGGAGGGAGAAGAGGAGGGUACUUCCAACAGCACAGAGCCAGUGGGGGAGGCAGCACAGGCUUCUGAUGGCGACCAAACCCCUGACAAAAACAAGAAAAAGAACCGCUGCUUUUCUUGCCGGAAGAAAGUGGGCCUUACUGGUUUUGACUGUCGCUGUGGCAACCUGUUCUGUGCCAUUCACCGUUACUCUGACAAACACGACUGUCCCUAUGAUUACCGGAGUGCAGCUGCAGCCCGCAUACGUAAGGAGAACCCCAUCGUGGUGGCUGAGAAAAUUCAGAAGUUAUGAGGACUGACUGCUAAAAAAAAAAGUCUCUCUGACUUUGUGAAUUUGAACAAUGGCGACUUGGCUGAAAACACCUGAUAUCAUGGCUUCAUUUGUUCAUGGUAGUCUAAGACGGGCGGGGUGGGGUGGUGCAGUCACAGCCACUGUCCAGACGCUUCCCUUGCUAGCAUCUCCCUCUCUCUCCACUAGUGACUGUUUGCGGCUGAACCUAAGUGUUUCUGUUUGUGUGUGUUUGUAUGAAAAUGUGUGUGUGUGUGUGUGCACAUUUUGCUUGAGAGUUGGGGAGAGAGCUGUAGGGGCUUGGUGGACAUGUUGCUCUGGGGAGGGAAGGCAUUUGAUUUUACCCCUUUUUGUUUCUCAACUUGGGGGAUCGUGUGGGUUUAUUUUUAUACAGUCCCUGUAAGGUAGUUGAAAUGAGACAGGGGUAAGCUGUUAAGGAAUGUGUCACAGCCUGGGUAACGACACUGAGGUCAAUUACGAAAGUCUAGCAAGUUAAAAAAUAACUAGCUGGGAGAUUUCAUCCAUCAGCAAGACCUUUUAAGGGCUUUGGAAUAUGAUUUUUUUUCUUCCAGAGUAAAAAUGAUGUCAACUUCUUGUCAAAUUGGCAGACUUUUUUUCCCCUUCUCACCUCCUCUUACCCUUACUCUAUGGGUCACCACACGUUGGACUCCCAAGUCUCAGCAUUUUCCAGAAAUAUUUCUCUUUGAUAUAUUGACUUAUCAUACUGAUAUUGGGUGC